GGAGCGAAAGAGAGAUAGAGAGAGAUUAAUUUUAAGAUAGUGAUAAUAAGAUAGUUAAUAUGAUCAGAGAAGAGUACAAAUCAUCCGUUCAGUUGUCGUUCAUUCCUAGUUAUAAAUUUCAUCCUAUUGUACAAGUUUACUUAUGAUUCCUUACCUUAUUUUAGCUUACAUUUACGAUUUUGACUUUGAAGAUUUUCUUGAUCUCUUUGAUUGAAACCCUUCGGUGUUGAAAUAAAUUGAAAAUCUGAAAAUGGCUUCUAAGGAAAAGGUUGCAAUUAUCGGAAGUGGUCUGAUUGGACAAAGCUGGGCAAUGAUUUUCGUCUCUGCUGGCUAUCGUGUUCAAAUGUAUGAUAACCAACCGGAGAAAGUCAUCACUGCCAUCAAAUCAAUCGUUGAUCAGCUAAAUAACUUGGAAUCAAAGAAACUUCUUCGUGGUAACUUAUCAGCCUCAGAACAAGCUGCAUUGAUCAGUGGAGCAACAACAAUGUCUGAGGUCUUGCAAGACGUUUUUUGGGUUCAAGAAUGUGUUUUUGAAGAUGUUGCUCUGAAACAGAAAGUGUUCAAACAUAUCGAUAGUAUGCUCAAAUGUGACCCCAUCCUGUGCAGCUCAACCAGUUUCAUACCUCCAUCCCAAUUUAUGGGACACAUUAGACAUCGAUCAUCUGCUCUCGUUAAUCACCCUGUCAAUCCACCUUAUUUCGCUCCAUUGACUGAAUUGGUUCCCUCACCAUGGACUAAACCAGAAAUAGUCAGUAGAGCAAAGGCUAUUUUAACUGAAGUUGGUCAAAAGCCGAUUGUGGUUAAGAAAGAGGUUCCUGGCUUUAUUAUUAAUCGUAUUCAAGAUGCCAUUUUUGCUGAGGCUUAUCGAUUAAUUGAAGAUGAUGUGGUUAGUGUCGAAGAUUUAGAUGCUGUUAUGUCUGAAGGACUCGGAAUGAGAUAUGCUUUCACAGGUCCAUGGGAAACUGCUCAUUUGAAUGCCAAUGGAAUGACUGAGUAUUUUGAAAAGUACGCUCAAGGAAUUUUUGAUGUUCAAUCUACAUUCAAGCCAGUCAAGAAGAUGGAAGGACCAACAGCUGAAAAAAUCAUCGAGGCGAUGAAUAAGAAAGUGCCUAUGGAAACCUUGAAUGAAAGACGAAAAUGGCGUGAUGAAAUGAUGAUUAAACUGUCUCAAAUAAAAAAGUCUUCUCAAUAAUCAAUUUAUACUAAAAUUGGCACUGAAAUCAUGAAAAAUUUAGAUUCUUAGUUCGACUAUCAUGUAAUAAUUUUAUAUCCCUUAUGAUGUAACUAAAUCACAAUCACUAGUGCCUUAUAACUAAAACUGUUAAAAAGUCGAGUAGUUUACUUGCCUGUAAUGAGAUUUUAAAUAAAGCUUUGUUGCAAUUUACUUUGUAAA